AUGAGGUAUUCGGCUUUUUGCAUGUUGCUGCUAACGAGCGGGCCUCUAAUCACUUAUGCCAACAAGGUAGUACUGGUGAUUCCGCAACAGACGAGACGCAUGUAUCAUGGUGGUUUGGGACCAUCGUGGCAGCCACCGAUGCCACGUUUCAGAAAAUCGUCCCUCGGUAACGAGGUUCAUUACCAAAAGUAUCAUCAUAGCCCUCCUGCACAUUAUUUCCCGAAGAAAUCUAUGUAUAGAAGCCCUUCGUUCCCUCACGGAGGAGAUGACUUCGAUCAAGGCUACGAACACGUUAAUCACGUGCGUAUUCCAUAUGGAAAGGACAUCAGCCAUGCCAUUUCGUUUGGAAAAGGUUACAUCCCUUAUGAUAAGAUCAAAGGCAGUUUCUCAUUAGGUCGUGAGAGGAAACCAAGCUUGCAAGAACAAAAUUAUCAACCGGAACCAGAUUUUUCGUCAACCCAGUACACUUCGCCCGAUUCCGAUUACUCACCUUCGGGACAAUCGUACGAAUCCUCGCAUACGGAAACCUUCUUCCCCGACCCGGAGACCGCCUUAAACUACAACGAGAGGCGCAACGAUCGCAAGAAAUUCUAUUCCUCCCGAUCAAUCGAGAAGGAUAUCAUUGGAAAUAAUCCUUUGAGCUUUGUCUCGGACAAGGAUCAGAUUCUUCUGCUGCAACAGAAAGGCGUGGACCUGUAUAAGAACGUAUCCCCUCAGCCGCAAGAUGGCGUAUUGUUGCCGAAUGGCGUUCCCUCGGCCACUAUAGGCGGUAGUAAAGAAGGGAUAGUGUUGAGAGACACGGUGGCCCUGGACGAGUACCAACAGAAGCUCCAAGAAAUGACCAAAUCCUGGCCGCAAUUCUUGUCCAAUCCGGUCACCGGUUUUGCCAACAAUUAUCAAAGCCAGCACGUGACAGCGAGUUACUCGACAGAUGGCUCUUCGGUUUCUGGUGGCUUCAGUGGCUCCAUCGAUUGGCCAACGAACUUCGCUCAACCGAAACAAGGUUACGACGUGAAGGAGGAUACUGCAGAGCAACCGCAGAACUUCAGGAUGCCUGUUCACACUUCUCCUUAUAAUACUGUCUCUGUUCCUGUGAGCGUGGCGAUACCGGCUAUCGCGCAGGCUGUUCAUGGAUAG